UUGUUCUCACAUGACAUACCCGUUCCUUUCGUCCUCUAUAAUCCGAAGUUCUCCAUCAAUGGAAACUUACCAAUCUGUUUUCGUAGCAUUGCAUCUGAUGCUAUUAUCAUUAACCUCAUCAUCGGCAGUGAAGCAUAACAAUAUGUCCGACCUCUCGACGCUCCUGACCAUCAAAGCCUGGGUCAUGGGCCAUGAUCCAGGCAACAUUGUGUCCACCAACUGGACCACUGAUGCCUCCUUUUGCACCUGGAUGGGCGUUUCAUGCAGUCGUCGAAGGCAGAGAGUCACUUCUCUCAACAUAAGCAGCACACCUCUCUACAGCAUCAUCCCUCCUCACAUCGCCAACCUUUCGUUUCUGUCGGAGCUCGUUCUUUCCAACAAUGGCCUAGUUGGACCCCUUCCUGAAUCUUUGGCUCGGCUGCCUCGGCUGAAAUAUCUCCAACUUGAUAGCAAUCAACUUUCAGGUUCAAUACCUCUUGCCUUUUUCAACAUGUCAUCGCUUACAGAGUUGAUUCUCGCUAGCAACAACAUUACAGGGACCCUGCCCUCUAAUGAUACUAGUUUUCGUCCGCUGUUCCCUGAGUAUUUGUAUAUAUUUGAAAACCAACUCACUGGCAGCAUCCCGUCCAGCCUUUUCCUUGCUCCUACUCUUCGGGAGCUUAGCUUGGAUGAGAACCAGUUAAGUGGAGACAUACCGCCUGAGAUUGGAAAUAUGAAGCAUCUUACUCUCCUGUACCUUGGUGAUAACAAUCUAACGGGCACAAUACCAAUAUGA